AUGGCGUCCAGCAGCGGUGCGACCUUGAACGAGAACCAAGCGAUCACUCGAUCGGGGGCGGCCAGGAUCAGGAACGAGUUGCGCUUCGAGGUCGUCGAAGCAGCAGUCGAUCCUCUGGCUGGAGAGCGCCCACGGGCUGCCCGUACCCGUCCGACCGCGAUCGCCAACAGUGAUGUUCAGCCCUCUCCACACUUCCGCUUCCUCGAUCUCAGCCCAGAGCUAAGGAACAAGAUAUACGAGUACGUCGUGGUUAGCCCAGAGCCUGUUGAGAUCGCGGAGGGUGUCAAAGACAUUCCUGGCAUCGUCCAUGCGAACCGCCAGAUAUUUUUCGAGUCUCAAACCAUCUUCCUCGCGGACAACGAGUUCAUCCUCAUGUGUGAAGACGCGGAUAUCAGCCCGCUCUGUCGCUUUAUGCGCGCACUCGACCUCUUCAACAACCCCACCCGCCUCGCGCAGCUCGGCCCUCUCACCAUCUUCUGCCAUGGCUUCGUCUUUCCAUCGCAAGAAUGGAAUCCGCCGUUCACCUAUCCAGACCCGGAAGACUGGCAGCGUUGGGAAAGCAACCUCCAGAAGCUACAAGCUACUGGCCUAGCUCCAGAGCAGCUGAUCUGGCUUGCUUGGCUUCCCGUGAAGCAGGACGGUGGCCGGACUCUGGGCUGGGACGAGUUUGGGCCCGGUGAAGCUGGUGCCAUCAAGUUCAUCUUCCACAACUACUUCCUCGAGUUUUUGAUGAAAGAGGUGCGCUAUUUCGACACCAAACCCACCCCUCAGUCAGCUGCAGUGUAUAAGCAGGUGAAGGAAGACUGGGAGGUCCUUGGCCUAGAGGAGGAUGCGGCCAGUGAGAUGGAGAACCACCUCGCCGAGUACUGCAGCGAACGCGAACUCAUCUACAUAACGCGCCAGGAAGAUCUCGUACAAGAGCGGAAUAAGCUGGUGGAGAAAGUCAUCGACAAGACCUGUCAGACGUUGAGGCCAGUAGAGCCCCUGGCUCUAGCUUUACAAGAGCUGGUCGAGUUCGAUCUGAGGCAUGGCGCUGCAAUCCACCGCGAUCCAGUGCGUACGACUCGCCUCCACAAUCUCCUCGUGGCAGAAGCCAAGCGGCUAGGAGAGCGGUUGUCUCCGGAGUCGACGGUGAUCCAGCAAGUCCAGAUGACGAGCAUCUUCGAAAACGAGGGGGACACGGAGGAAGAUGCUAUAGUCGCGCGAAAGAGUGACGCGGACUUGGACAAGUUGCACGAUGAGCAAGGUAUGGUCUGGCGUGUCGAGGAGUAUGUGCGGGACUUGGAUACGCCGUCCUGGGAUAGGCCAUCCUGGAUUAUGCCGUCCUGA